CUUACCCAUGUUCAUGUGUUUGCUCCUAGUGUGGAUUUUCCUGUGCCUCCCUGUGAUUUGUCUUAUAGUUUGUGGGUUUUGUUUGGACUUGUGCUGAAGAUGGCUUUUGGACUUUUUGUAAAUUAAAUUAUCUAUUCUUCUCAGCAUGUGGGCCAUCUUCUUCGUUUUUAAUGAACUAUGACACGUGUGAACAACAAGAUCGGGGGGAUUUCAGGGGCUAGUCCUUGUGAAAUUCUCUAGAAAUUUUCUGGAGUGUGUUUGUGAAACAGCUUAGUUGCAGUUCACAGAUACUGAGGACAGACACAAUGUAAAACAUUAUCCCUGAAACUGUUUGGGGGUCUUAAUACAUUUUUUAGUGUGAUUGUCUCUUGGAGUGGCCCCGAAGGCCUCAAAUUUCACUUGUUUACUUGGCAUACAAGCAAUACUAGCACUUUGAGUCUAAACCAAAAAGCUUUUCAGUGUUGUGCCACACAUUCCCAGAAGAUUGUGCUGUAUGAAAUCUGUGUCAAGGUGCUGAAGGGAUGCAAAAAGCUGGCCAUGUCUGUGUGUUCGAUGGGUCGGAUCCCCGGAGGCUACAUCACCAACCAUGUGUACAGCUGGGUGGACCCUCAGGGCCGCAGCGUCUCCCCCCCGCCCGACAACCAUGAAGCUAACCAGAUGCAGGGGCCUGGCAUGGAGGACAGGACGGUGAACCUGAAUAUGGACGAUGGUCGCUCUCUCGGCCUGAUGAUCCGGGGCGGUGCUGAGUAUGGACUGGGGAUCUACAUCACUGGAGUGGACCCUGGAUCUGCUGCAGACAUUGGCGCACUAAAGGUGGGCGAUCAGAUCCUGGAAGUGAACGGUCAGAGCUUUGUCACCAUCUCCCACGAUGAGGCGGUCCACAUCCUGAAGACAGGACGUAACCUGCUGAUGAAAGUGAGGGAUGUGGGGCGUCUGCCGCACGCUCGCACAGUAGUUGAUGAGACAAAGUGGAUCUGCAGUCAGGUCAUCGCAGAGACCAACGCCACAGUCAACCAGGGCUCUGUCACCAACCCCAGUGUUAACGCUGGGGUCCAGACCAGCGUCAGUGCCUGCAGUUCAAGACCCUCGUCAGCCAGAGCUACACCUGUUUUAGGAAAGCCAGCUGGGUACAGAGGUGUGGGCCCCCCAGGCACUCAGGUGUCCCUGGAGCAGCAGGCUUACAUGCUGCUGACAGAGCCUGAGAGGCAGACCAUGGUGUACUACCUGCAGGAGUACCAGGAGGGACACAUCGGAGUGGAGCCGCUGACCAUGGCUCUGUUUGAGCUCUUCAACACACACGCAAAGCUGUCCAUGUUGUCCGAGGUGAGGAGUAUGGUGGCCCCCCAGGAUCUGGAGCUGUACGACCGGCUGGUGCUGCACCGUGAGAGGGAGACUCACCAGGCCUGGCACGGAGGGAUCGGAGUCAUGCACCCACAGGCUCACUGCACCCACACAGCCCCUGUGGCCCACGAUGCAGGACACACCGUCCCUACUACGAAUGACGGCUCUGCUGGUGGCUGGACGGAGAAAGGCGAGGAGGAGAACAGUAAUGUCUUACAAAACAUUGUACUGGAUGACAGGCAGGCUUCAGGUGAGUCUCCUCCCCCCUUCAGAGCAGCCCCCCUCCAGGCUCAGAGCCGCCCAUCCAGGGAGAGGGAGCUUAGAGGGAAGCCUUCAGCCCGGCUGGUUCAGCCCGGAUCUAACCUGCUCUUCAGCGGCCCCACCCGGCUCCUCCAGGAGUGUCUCCACAAGUCGCUCAAAUCCCUCCCCAGCAUCAACCAGCCCUCCCCAGCCCCCUCCCACCACACCUGUGUCGGUGCCUGCCACCACACUUCUCUCCCCAAUCAUCUACACCACACCUGUCAGAGCUCCCUGCAGCUUUCCGACUCUGAACAACUCAACCACUCCCACUUCUCCCAUCACUUCCACCACCACGCUGCUCCCCUCAGCCGGCCCAGCUCAGGACACCACACCUGCCCGGGCUUCCUGCACCAUCGGGACUCUGCUAAACCAGAGUUGUCCGUCAGGCUGGCCUCCAGAUCCAGCUCCUAUGAGAAGUCUGGAGUCUUAUCAAAGUCUGCGUCCUCUUCCAAAGCAGCGUCUCCCAUGGGGUCCCCUCAUCCAUCCCCCCGUCCCUCACCUUGUCCCUCCCCCUGCCCCUCCCUCAUCACAUCUGUUGCCCCACCCUGUAGUCCUGACCGACCCUGCUCACCUGCUCUGACCCAGAAAAUCAUCAUAACGGACAUGAAUCGACUGUCUGCAGACUCCAGACCCCAGCAGAGAGGAGCCACUCUGUCCCAGCUGUCAGACAGCGGGCAGACUCUGAGUGAGGACAGCGGGGUGGAUAUAGCCGAGGCAGGGGGCCUCAGUAAGGAUGGCAGCCCCCGACCCAGCAAGAACCAGCAGGGCCACCAGGAGCAGCAAGGGGGGGCCCACGCACCCCCCGCAGGGGCCAACAGACAGCAGACUGCCUCGCCGAUCCCAGCGACCACGGCAACCCUGGUACGAGUGAUGAAGAACGCCAGCACGCUUGGCAUCGCUAUAGAGGGCGGAGCCAACACGCGUCAACCUCUUCCACGCAUCGUCACCAUUCAGAAAGGAGGCUCGGCUCACAACUGUGGCCAGAUGAAGGUGGGUCAAGUCAUCCUGGAGGUCAAUGGCAUAUCCCUGAGAGGUCGAGAGCAUAAAGACGCCGCCCGGAUCAUCGCCGAGGCCUUCAAGACCAAAGAGAAGGACCACAUUGACUUCCUGGUGGUUGAGCCGGGACUCUAGUAGGAGGACUUUGCACUUUAUGCAGCUCAGUUUGAAAAGGACACUGUUCGACUGCUCUGAGGGAACUGUGUACCAACUCCAUGUGAUGAUGUGUCAUAAUCAUGGCUCUCACUCUGAUUGCAGGCUAAGAAAUUAGUGGAAAAAGGACUUGAGUUUUUGCUGAUUGCACUCCAGAAAGAUUUGCACAAUUUUAACCUUGAAACAAAUGUUAUGUUGGUUAUUAUCAUUUGCCAUGAAGGUCAUACCUGGGACUAAUGUAACAUGCAUCUCUUUUGACUAAUCAGUAAAGCUCUUAGGAUUUCACACCCAGAAUAUUUUGCAUGUUUCACCAGGAGUAACGGUAGUCUGCUUUACACACCAAAUAUUAUGAAAACAGCCACCGGCAUUGUAGUUUUUUUUAUUCUCAAGAAAUUAUCUGAGGAGGCAGAGCUGCCCUUGAGGCAGACACAGACGGAUUUCCCACCCGCAAUAAACACCGUGCUUAACAGAGGCCAUGCAUGUGACGUCAUGAUAGGCAGAAUUGUCUGUGGUUACACCCACUGAGUGGCAGAAAACACAUACUGAGAGGCAGCAUCAACGUUCAGCCUGAAUGCUGCACAAAAAACAAAAAAAACUUCAAAACUCUGAGAGAGGUGUUGCUUGCGUACUUCCCUGGCUCUGCAGGUGUAUUUCAGUCUGGACAUCUGAUUUCUGGCCUCAUGAUAACGUCCACAGACCUCUGCGUCCUUGGGGAGCUCCAUCGAGUCCUACUUCUCCUAAUUUAAGCAAAUAUUUGUCUGUUUUAAUCUGUUUUUGUUGUUCCCCCUUCUGAAGGCAGCUAUGUUGCAGGAUGUUUAGUCCGACCGAGGGGUUGUGUCCGGGUGGAAAAGUGACGUCAGCGCAUCCCAUCUAUAAACUUUUUCUAGCAUAAACUUAGCAUUUGCAAGCUCUCAUCUACAUAUGCUCACUUCUGGCCAGAAAAAAAGAUGAUGACAGUCUACAGGUAAAACUGAAGAGUUACAGCAUGACACCUGAGUGACAGAAUAAUUCACAGAGGACCUAAGACAAACAUAUUUUGAAAAAAGCAAAGUCAUAGUGAAGAACCCUGAUUUGUGUUGAUGCAUCAUAUCGCGUCCAAACGAAUGACCAAACGAGUGUCCCGUUAUUUUGCCUUUUUAGAUUAUUUAUAAAGACAAUCCGGAGAAUUUAAGUCUUUGACUUAACAAAUACAAUCAUAUCAUCAAUCACUAAUGGAUAUAAACGUAUCAAUCAUUUAAUCCCAGAGAGAUUGAUCUAUAUAUAACAGCUUCUUCAUUUUAACCAAAGGAUUUUCAGAGCAUAUAUGUUUAAUUCAUCACAGUCAUUUUCUAUAUGUGCAUUUUGCAACGUCUCUUCAGUAUUUAAAGAGGAUUGCCACAUGUAACAAAACACUUUACCACAAACAUUAACAGUAUGAUAGUUUGUAUAUAUUGUAGAAUACUGAUAGACCUGACAUGAAAUGAUUCUCUAUAACUUUUUUAUAAUAUCAAAUACUUUACAGUAGAGGAAUAUUUCAUAUUUUCAGAAUAUUAUACUACACCACUCAUAUUUUAUCUUCCCAAUAACUUUAAGUGCAGCAUGUGCGCAGCUCUACACAUCACUGAAGCUCUCUUAUGAGUUAUAGCACCAUGUCCUGCAUGGUCUGGGACUCAGUGAUGGAUCAGAGAGCCGCUAAUGCACUGCACACAAACAGUCAUCAGACUGGAUUUUGCUGUUAUACUUACUGAGGUGUUCACAAACUGUGAGAGGCAGAAGUAGAAAGUCAGGAGGUUAUUCAGGUUUGUAUAAAAAAGGAAAGCCAUAAUUAUUACCGAUUCAGACCAAGAAAGCUGUCUGAACACCUGUGGUUAAGGAUCCCACAGGUCCUGAGUGUUUAUGAGGUUCAUAUAUCUAAAACUAAUACAGCACUCUUUAUUAUAACAGGCCUGCAGAAAACACACCCACAUUUAGUGCCUGUUUUGUUUCUGUCAAACCUCCCUCAAAUUAAAUGUUCAGUGCAUCAUACCAACAUAUAAAAAAAAAGGUAUAACGGCCAGUUCUCCAUUCCAAGUUGUCAAAAUUGGUGUGAUGCUUUAUGAAUCCCUCCAGCAUUGAUUCUGCACGCUGUCCUCCACCUUAUUGUUUUCAUUCACUGUUAAAGUCGGUUGACAUAGAAUAAAGGGCGUGAAUGUCUUGGUAGUCCGACACGGACAAAAGGUUUAACAAACAGUCAGGGUUGACUUCUUUUCAAAUAUGUUAUUUUGAAGCCAGCGUUGGUUUUGGGCGCUGGUUGUUUUUAGCAGUUAGUUUACAUGAACCAUGUGCAGAGGCUAGAGUCCAUCGAGUGAGCAGCCCAGGUUUGACUGCGACCCUCUGCUUCUUUUCCACGUUAUUACCCACUCUCUCUCUCUUUCCUCGAUUCCCUAAUCUAUCUGCUGUCCUGUCUAAAUAAAGGCAAAAGCGACACCAAAAAUACAUUUCUACAAUGAAAAAGUUACAGUACCGUUUACAACUGUAUGUAAGUUAUGUUUAUAUAAUCCAUAAGUUAUUUUUUAAACUCAUAACUUCCAUCCCAUCCUUCCAUUAUCUAUACUGCUUUUCCUAUUCGGGGUCAUAGGGGGGCUUGAGCUGUUCCCAGCUGUCAUUGGGCGAGAGGCAGGGUCAGUGGUGUAGUGCAGGAUAUACACGGGUAUAAGGAGUAUGCCCACUUAUUUGUCAGUCUAUAGGGUAUACCCACUUCUAAAUCUCCUCUGAUUCACACCAAUGAUUGAUUAACAAUAUCCAUGGUAUGCUGCAAUUUUUUUCCUAGGAUGGUGAAGGGAUGACUUUCCCUACUCCGUCUCUAAUUGGCUCAUACAAACUAACUAAAUAUUCAAAACAGAUACAGAGGUAAAAACAAGAAUGUAGUGGAAAAUAUAACGUCAUACUGGCUGGGUCCAUAUUGAAAUUAAGUUGUGUUAGUGCAACACCAAAGAGUCCCUUUAAAAUGAUUUUUUUAUGGUCGGUUUACAAAAACACUUUUUACAUACAGAUUAUUUCUCACUUUUUAUAAUUGCAGCAUGAUUUUUGCACCUUUUUUAAUGGUAACCUUGGUAACCAUGGUCUCCUAAAUUAAAGCACUUUUACUGAUUUAGCAGGAGCUGACAGCUGAGCGAUAUUACCUUUGAUGAUUUUGACUAUUUUAUGUCAGAGAUAAUGUAGAGGGAGCAGGUUGUUAUCACUCAGUGGAUCCCCAACAGGGUGAGCAGGACCCUGACAUGAACCUGAAGGGUCUUGAUCAACCUGAAGGGGUUCCUCAGCGAUAACAACCCACCUCGCUAUGCAUUAUCCAGCUCAUCACACUGCUACUUAGAAAAUCAAUCAUUUCAAACCAAAUUAUUAUUUCAUUACAAAAACCUAUUCUGCUCAGCAUAAUGGUCCAUUGGAAUCUAGAGUUAGAUUAGAUAGAGUCACAUUAAACGGAACAGUUCCACUGAUUAUUAAGUAAGACCCAAUGUGAAGCAAGGUGAACGCAUUCACCCACCUGAUUGGGUUCGAUUUUUCAUCUUUAAACACCAUUAUAUCCCAUAGCCCGUUCCAGGGUUUACAUCAUGGGCCAUCUUCAGUAUUGUAGGUUUCUCUGUCACAGUGUACAGUUUCUAUGUCUUUUAUCCGUCUUUCGCCCUAGUUAUCCUCUCCUUUCUCCUUUUCCCGCUGUAAACAGAACAAUGUCAUAUUGUAGAUUGAUAUGAUUACAGUCAGUCCUCCUGAGUCUGUGAUUAGAGCUGCGUCAUUAUCAGCUAAAUGCUUUUCUCAGUAAUGGUUUGUUCUCCUAUUUUUUUUCUUUUUCUUUUGCCUUUAUUAGAUGGAACCAUGGAUAAAGAAGGGAAUCAGAGAGAGAGAGAGAGACGGUGUGUGGGCAAUGACAAGUAGGGAAAGAGACCCCAGACUUGAACCGGGCCACCCUAUUGGAGGACUCUAACCUCUGUGCAUGGAGCGUAACCUAUCCACUAGGAACCCUGCACCCUGUUUGUUUUCCUUAAUAGCUGUGGCCUAUUGAGGGAUAACUAGGGAGACUGUUGCUAUGGUAAUUGGCCAAUCAGAGUCAAGUAUUCAACACAGCAGGGUAAUAAAAUGUCAUAAUUUAAUUUUGCAGACACUUUUUUUUUUUAACCAAAUGUUCAUCAAAGGCAAGGAUUAAGACAGAAGGGAAAACAGGAAAGUGCCAAAAACAGCUCCAAUUGGACACGGGUACUGACAGGUACUGACAGGUAGUACACAGGGUGUAUAGAAGCAGACCGUUUUAUUAUUCAACCUCUGCUGUAGAGAAAAGAGCCAAACAGUAAGUGUUAUGUGUGGAUUUUAUUUGGUUUCUUCCUUCAAAUUUUUUUCUUCUGUCCCAUAAAGAGCUGAUACAUAUUUUAAUAUUUAACCUGUCACAUCUGAAACAUGAUCCAAAGUUACACCCUAGAGCCAAGAAAUCUGAAUUGAGAAAAACUAAUCCAUGCUGUCAGAAAUGUAUUUUCCGGCUGAUUCUAUUUCUAUUGGUUAUAUUCUAUUUUUUUAAUGCAAUGAUAUAAUGGUACUGCAGUGAUGUAAUAAUGAUGAUGAGAGAAAUGUAGGAGUUUGGUGAUGAGAUGUGUGAAUAAUGAAACACUGAGAGAAUACUGUGUUGUUUAAAUGAUGUAUAUACAUGAGAUGAUUUUUUUGUUUUCUUAUGGAGGAAAACUGUGCAAAUAUUAUAUAUCUUGUACAGCAAAGGCACUUAGAUUUAUAGAGAUGUAUAUAUAUAUAUUAAAUGGUCAGAUGUUAAAGGAUUUUGUUAAACACUAUUAUGUAACCCCCUCGUGGCUGAUGUAACUGCUAACAUCUCUCCUGUGUUUCUUUUCCCGUGUCCUCUCACAGCUGUCGCACCACAGAAAACACUUCAGAACGAGUCACUUUUCUCUCAUUGGUUCUUACAAUCUAUUUUUUUUUUCAACUGGCGAAAAAGAGUGAAAUACUUCAACAUAUCCCCAAAGCAGAUUUCCU